GUUUGGGUUGGAGGCCCCUGGAGGAGAAACGAAGGAAAAACCAUUGAACUGAGCUCAAUCACUGAGCUUUGAGCUUUGAGGUGAACUACUGCACAAAUUCACGUUUUAUAAUUACAUUCUCCGGGAAUCGAAUGGGUGAAUGACGUGCAGGCUACUUUGCCAUCUUGUUUCCUUUAGGUUGAUCGGACUCCAGACCCUGUGGAAAUCUCCAGCUAAAUGCUGACAAAAUAAACCAGCUCACUGGUACCGGCUGAUGAGCUGCAGAAUGGAUGGAUUUUACGAUCAGCAAGUGCCUUACAUGAUUACAAACAACACACAGGGGAGGAAAUGUAACGAGAGACCUGUAAAUGAUAGAAAAAGGAAAUUCAUUAACACAGACCUGGCUCAUGACUCAGAAGAGCUCUUUCAGGAUCUUAGCCAGCUACAGGAGACUUGGCUUGCUGAAGCUCAAGUACCUGACAAUGACGAGCAGUUUGUACCAGACUUCCAGGCUGAAAACUUGGCUUUUCAUGGCCUCCCGCUGAAAAUCAAAAAGGAACCCCAGAGCCCCUGCUCUGAACUGAGCUCCACUUGCACUCAAGAGCCAUCUUUCAAGUUCAGCUAUGGGGAAAAGUGCCUGUAUAAUGUCAGUGCCUAUGAUCAGAAGCCACAACUGGGAAUGAAGCCUUCAAGCCCUUCGACUCCAUGUAGCACACCAGUGUCCCCUCUUCAUCAUGGCUCUCCUAAUCCUGCUCCCACUCCCAAACCAGACAGGACCUACCCUGCUCACCUUCCACCUUCCCAGCAAAUGCCAGACACCUCCUUCCCAAUGGACCACAGGUUUAGACGUCAGCUCUCGGAGCCCUGCCGGUCAUUUCCCACCCCGUCUGCGAUGACCAGGGAUGGAAGACCCAUCUACCACCGGCAAAUGUCCGAGCCGAGUAUUCCAUUCCCCCCCCAGGGAUUCAAGCAGGAGUUCCCUGACCCCGUGUACGAGCACAACGCCAUGCUGGGCACCCCGGUCGCUCAGAACUACCCACCAGCCAUGAUCAUCAAACAAGAGCCGCGGGAUUUCACCUAUGACUCAGAAGUGCCUAGCUGCCAUUCAAUCUACAUGAGGCAGGAAAGUUUCCUGGCACAUUCCAAUAGAACUGAAGGUUGCAUAUAUGAUAAAGUACCUAGGCAUUUCUACGAUGACACCUGUGUGGUCCCGGAGAAGUUUGAAGGGGACAUCAAACAGGAGCCCGGCUUGUACCGGGAAGGUCCUACGUACCAGCGCCGCGGCUCCUUGCAGCUGUGGCAGUUCCUCGUCGCGCUGCUCGAUGACCCGUCAAACUCCCACUUCAUAGCCUGGACAGGGCGGGGCAUGGAGUUCAAACUCAUAGAGCCGGAGGAGGUUGCGCGUCGCUGGGGGAUUCAAAAAAAUCGCCCAGCCAUGAACUACGAUAAACUCAGCCGUUCGUUACGUUACUACUACGAAAAAGGCAUUAUGCAAAAGGUGGCAGGGGAGAGAUACGUGUACAAGUUUGUCUGUGACCCCGAGGCACUUUUCUCCAUGGCAUUCCCCGACAAUCAGAGGCCCGUGCUGAAGACAGACAUGGAGCGCCAGAUCAACGAGGAAGACACCGUCCCUCUGUCACACUUUGACGAGAACAUGGCUUACGUGCAAGAUGGCAGCUACUGUAACUCUCAUCCCUACAGCGAAGGCUACGUCUACUGACAGCCGAGCGGGAGAUGUUGUUGUGCUUUGUGGAUGAAGAUGUAGUUAGGAUUUUCGGGCCAUCUCUCUGUCCCCCUGCAGAGGGGGAGGGCUCUUUCCCUUGUGACAUCCCACUCAUGAUCCGCCAUGGAUAGUGCACUUUAUCGAUAAAGACUGACGUUGUAAACUACAGGGGCAGGGCAGGGUAUCAGUUCAUCGCCUGUGUUCACGGGGAGGGGGGUUCAUCAAGGUAAACCAUAAUUCAUUCCACAGACAGUCAAGAGAGACGUUCCGUUUUUCAAGAAAAGAACGGAUCUGCAGAGCCUCUCAAGAGUGUCGGUUCGUUCAUCGAGUUCAUCCAUGGCAAAAUGACGAGACACAUGCUGUGGUCAUGUCCCAUGUGUGACACUAACAGAACGACUUCUUUCAUAGGUCUAACAGUUUCCAUUUUUGCUUCAAAACUGUUUUUUCUUCAGCUGACUUAAUGCAACUUAUUGAUAUAAAAUGCUUUAUAAAUAAUACUAUGAUGGUGAGGUGAAGUAUAUUCUAGACUGGGAAUACUAAGUACGCUCUAAUAAUUCAAGAUGUAGUUGAAAUAUUAAGUGUUUUUUUGGCAGUGGUGGGGCACAUUUACCAAUAGAAACUUUUUAUCACUAUACAAGAUGUCAAAACCUUGUAAGUAAAAUUCCCAAUUUUAUCAGGAAUUAAAUAUGAUUUCUAAUUCCCAUGUACCGAAUAUAAAGCAUAGGAGGAAAGAAUGGCCUAAACACUGUUUGAUAUUGGCAUACAAAGUUACAUUUAGACUAAAUCAUCACUUUACCUGUACUUUCAUUGAGUACUAUUGAAAUACAGAAAGCACUAUUUUUUGAAGACAUUCAUUGAAGAGAUACCUGAGGUGGCUGUUUUACUCAGACUGCCAGGUCACAUGCAGUUAGAUGUUUAAUGUUUCACUUUUUUCAGGUAUUUGAAUAUAGUACUACAAUGUGCUUCUGUUAUGUCCCUGUUUCCUGCUGUAGUCUCCAUCAAGCAAGGCUUAAAACAGCAACUUAAAGCAAUGCUUUCGGUAAAAUGUCAGAAAGAAAUAGGUGACUUGAACUGUGUAUUGCUUAAAAAGGUGCUUAUGCUGUAAUUAUAGUGUAAGGAGCUGUAACAUUACACAGGCCAGGAAUAUAGCAAACUACAGAGAGCUAAGGGAAACUGUAUCAGUCUAAGUCCUUUGUAACCUUUGUUGGAAUUAGGGAAGGAAAUACUAUGUACAAAGUAUCAGUGACAAAUAUAUAAAUAUAUAUUUGACCUUGUAGUGCUGGCACUGUCAUGUAAAAUUAAUUACUUACCUAAAAUAUAAAUAUAAAGUCUUCUUUUUUAAUGUAUGACCUCGGAUUGACCAAGGAAAGAAUAAUAGUGCAUGAGGUUGGGCAGCAAUUGUUUCUUCUAUAGUAGCCUUUGAGCAUGUUAGCUCAUUGCAUUAUGAAAUCCCUUUUGGAUUAAAAUGGUACUCCUAGAAUUGCUUUUCUUAAUGAUAAAAUUUUUGUUUCUCCUAUGGGGCUAUUUAAAGUGUAUUCUACAACAUUGCAAGCACUGUAGUGCUGAUAUUUCUGACCUUUUUCUUUCCUGGGGGAAUAAAUGCUAACCUGUAUCAUAAGACAGUGAAGGGUUUAACAACAAAUUGUAGAAUAAAACUUUCCUUGUAUUCAUUAGCAAAAUACUGUACUGUUUGAGUUGAUAAUCAUAAGAAAUGUUGUGAAUACAUUUACGGUACAUGUCAUUUCCAAUAUGUCUUUAAACUCUUCAGAAAAAAAUUAAAAUACAGCUCAAUAUUUUUACGGAAAUGUUGGAUUUUUUUUUUUUUGCUGUGGUGUCAACAUUCCUUUAAGGUCAUCAUUGAAAAAUGAUGAUUGCCACAAUGCAGCACACAGUAACUGUGUGCUGAAGCAUCUGUUGUUAACGAUAGCCUUGACAAUAUUUUCUGCCACAGGUACAAUUUUCUGUACAAACAUUUCUUCCUACUUACAAGAUUGAAAUUUUACAAAGUGAAUAACUAACAAUUGUAAUGUCCCUUAUCUCUGUUCAUCGCCUUACUGGCAAAAUGUUAUUUUUUAAAAAGAGUGUAAAUGUUAUCAACAAUUCCAGGAUGAGUUUUGUCGUCUUUUUAAUGUUUUAUUUACCCCCUUUUAAAGAAAAUAUGUAUGUGGAGGUUAAUAUAACUUGUUUGAAUGCUGCUUUGGUCAUUUUUUACAGGCAGAUAAAUAAAUAUGGCAGCUGAAUUCUGCAUAUCUGGUGUUUGUCACA